AUUUAAUGUGUAUACGAUUUGAAAAUUAUAAUAUAUUUUUAAACUUUAUAAGAAUUGCAAAAACGAAUAUUUUAAGAAAUUAAAAUAAAUAAAUGUUGGUUGUAGAUGUCGAUGGAUGAUGUAACCUCAAACCGGAAGAUCGACGAAUACUGUAUGUUGUAAACAAGUGACCGUCGAAAGUACUUUUAAAUUGCUUGGUGGAAAAUUGUCGUUUGGUUUUUUUGAUAAAUUCGUAUCAAUUAUGUCGUUAUUUUGAUUAUUUAUUAAGUAAAACAUGGCUUCGAGCGAUAUCGAAGAGUUCACUUUAAGUAAAGAAGAAUCGGAACGUUUAAAGGAAGCUUUCAAAGACGAGAAGUUCGUUCGUUUGUUGCACGAAUAUGCAGAAGAAGUGAACGAUCCUGAAAACAGGAAGAAGUACGAAGAAGAUGUUAUUGCUGUCGAGAAGCAACAUGGCCACCAAGUAACGUUUAUACAUCAAGAAGCUGGCUAUGUUAUUAAAACCAGUGAAGAAGGGGAGAAGAAGGCUUUCGUCAACGUUUGUCAGAACGAUAAGGUGGAGAAGCCUUCGUUUACUAGGGAGUCGGAGUCCGACGCAGAGGGAACUCUUUGGAAAUUGCCUCACCUGCUGACGCCGCCCCGCCAGGAUCUGGACAAGAGUAACCGAAGAUGCGUCGUCUACGACGUCGUCUUUCACCCCGACGCUCUCCUUCUCGCCCGGAAGAACGAGCGUUUUCGCAAAAUGCUCGACGACGUGGCUUUGGAAGCCGUCGAGAGUAAAUUUGACGUUAAGUUGGAUAGGGCCAACGUGCGGUUUCCCAAGAUGAAAUAUAAGGGUUGUCCCGUGGCUCCGGUUACCAGGAAGAAGAUGGAAGCGUCGUUCUCUCCGAAGGAUUCCGAAGACGACGAAUUUGACGACCGGUUCGAGGAGUUAUUUAGACCUCCGAAGAGUUCGUUCGAUUGGAGCGAAACUAAGAAAAAGAAAAAGAGCGAAAAGCCGGAGGAGGCGGAGGAAGGUUCCCGGACUCGUCCGAAGUAUACCGUUAAGUAUCGUAAUCGCUUCGAUAUUCAGGAUUAUGCAAACGUUCCCGGUCGGACCGUCGACGCUCGACCUCAAGAGAUAAUCGUAGAAAUUCACUUACCGCUUUUGAGUUCUGCUUCCGAUUUGAACUUAGACAUAUUUGAGAAAAGACUGUUAUUGAUAUCCGAGAAAAAAGGCGCUAGUUAUAAAUUAGAUUUGGCACUUCCUUACUCCGUUAAUGAAAAUGAUGGAAAAGCACAGUUUGAUAAAGCUAAACGAAAACUUUGCAUUACGCUAAAAGUUUUGCCUUCUGUAGAUAAUUUAGAUACGACCUCGUCCGGCAAGAUUGGGGAUAAUUUAGAUACAAGUUUAUGUGAUAAACUAGAGAAUACUUUGGAUGCAAGUCGAUUGGAUAAAAUUGAUGAAGAUUUGGAACUAAAAGAACAAAUAGUUUAUGACAAAACUGCUAAAGAUUUUUCCUGUUACAGUUUGACUGUAGAUAAUAUGGAUAACGAAGAAGAGUUUGAAAAAAUAUCUAUUGAUUUAAUUGAAAAUAGUAAUAUAUUAGAUGAAAAUAAUUCGUCAAAUGUUUCGGCUAGUAUUCGAGAUAUUGCGGAGAUGAAUGAUAUUACCGAACGAUUUGAGGGAAAUCUUCACGUUGACGAGAAGAAACAAGAAAACGGUACAGAAAAAUCACAAAUGGAAGAGACCAUUCAAGAAAAGAGGCAUGACUGUGAUUUAAAUAUGCCCUUAUCACUAACAGUUCCUUAUUCUAUACCAAAGUUUGAUUAUUAUCAAACUUCUAAAAUUGUGACACUUGUUAUUCAAGUAAAAAAUAUUGAUUCUAGUUCAAUUUACACUUAUUUCUGUGACUGUCGUCACAGUUGUCGAGUCACAUUCUACACGCUAGGAGAAGGAUUUGUUCCUUUCUACUAUUGUUUAUUUUUAAAAUUUGAGUAUUUGUUAGCUACGAAUACCGAGACCAUGCGAGUGAGUUUAAGCAGAGAUAAUUUAGUGUUUCAUCUUAUCAAAGAUGCUAAUUAUUGUUAUUCCUGGACUGAAUUCCAAGCUGGUUUGAACAACAAACAACUAACAAAAUAUGAGUUUGUUUGCAAGAAUGCUGUCCUAAAGACUAUACAGGAAUUGAAGGAUGAAUCUGAAAAUGUUAUGGCUGGAGAUAAACUAACAAAUGAAAAUGUUCAUGUUGAAGAUGUCAGCCUCAACCAAGUGACAUUUGAUAUAAAUCUCAAACAAUCAGUUCAAGAUCAAAUCGAGAAAGAAAUCAACAGUCCACAAGAUGCUGCGAGUGAUCAAUCCAAACAAGAUAUGCUAACAAUAAUGAAUUCUUCCACUAAACUAAGAACAUCCUCCGGAUCCAGUGAGGAUCAGAAUCAGAGUCCAUUACAGAAGAAGAGAGGAAUUCUGAAAUAUCCCCGUUGUUACUGGAGAACCAUAUCGGAAUCUAGCGACGAUACAUUUUGGUCGUCGCUAGAUAACGACUGCACUCCCGUGGGAUCAUUUGACAGUUCGGGUGAAAAGCCCAAAAAAUGUGUUCGUUUCAGCGAUCAGAUUGCAAAAACUGUUUUCAGAGCUAAUUCAAGUAUUUUGGGUCAGCGAAAGAAGAAUCAAAGAAAGGCACGUAAUAGAAAGAAAAUGGCAAACAGAACAUCUGAGAGUGACAACUGCACUGAAACUUCGGAAGAAAAUUCUGACUAUAACAGCACAAAUGAAUCUGAAUUGGGACCUGAUGACUUAAGUAAAUACGGAAGGAAAUUAUAUACUUGGCAAGAAAAUAAAAAUGCUGAUAAUACCAUUUUAGAUGUGGAAAAGAUUCAGUUAAGUAAAAAUGAAUUUGAUAAGAAAGAACAACUAUCUGUCAGUUCAAAUAAUAACUGUUGUAUAGAGUCACAAUGUGAAAAUAAUAACAAAAUGACUAUGUCAAAAUCUAGUCAACAGUUUACAUUUGGUCUAAAAGAAAACCAGAAAAUCACAAUCAUGCAGAGACCUUCAUCAGCUGCAAACUUUCAGAAACCCAUAGAGAAAUCUUCGGGCAUUUCAAAUUUUGUCAAAUCUCACUGCCUUUAUAAACCUGGCGAGAAAAGAAAUGACAAAGGUUCUCAGAAAGGAGAUAAUCCCCACGGAGAGACCAAACAGAAAAACAAAUUCCGGAAAAGGAGAAGGUGGCGCAACAAAAAGAACAAUGCAAACCACUUGACAAAUGCACCUGCCAGCAACCAGCUACUAGAACAGAAUAUUCUGAAAAGAAAUAACAACAGGAUUAGUAAAGAGGAAGGUGGUAAUUGGAUUUAUGACAAUAAGCCAAAGUAUUACAACAACAACAACGCGGAAGUUGCAAACAAGGCAUUCGAAAAUUGUAAUCUUCCCAAUGCAUUUUGGAUGUGUAAUCAAUCUGCAGAAUUUGAUCCCCAAUAUAGGACUAAGUGUAUGGUCAACUUUGCAAACCAGGUAAUGUUCCAGUUAGAUUAGUAGUUUUGGUACCAAAACAUGAAAUGGACAUUUGUUAGACAAGUUAAAAAUCCACAUUCAAAACAAGAAUAGUCUGACUUUAUAUGUUUUAAUAUUUAACUUCAUUAUAGCAUGAUUAUACAAGAUAUUCAGAAUAUCACAUUUAGAACAUUUCAUUUGAUAUUUUCAUAAUUAAAUAUUUUGUGAAUUAUCAAAGGGGGAAAAAACACACAAGAAAUUUAGAUAUCAAAUUUAGAAAUAUUAGCAAAGGAUUAUAAUUGCGUCACAAGUUCAUUAAUUCUUCACUUCAACGUAUCAUAACUAUAUGGUUUUUGGUAUCAGUGGUAUGAUGAUUUUAUUCAAUUUCACUAAAUCAGAAACGAGUAGUGUAAAUAAUAAAAAAUUAUAUACAUAUAUAUAUAUAUAUAAAUAUAAAUAAAUAGCUACAACUUUGUAACAUACAAAAGUCUAAAAACACAAAAAAAAUUGAAAAAGUUUUAAAAUUUUAUUAAAAAACAAAAAUAACAAUAAUAAUUUUUCUUUUUUUAAUUAAAAUUAUGCAAGUCACACUAUGCAUGGUUACUUAUUUUGGUUUGUUUAGGUUCGUAAAAUGUAAACCGAAGGUUACGGCCACAUUUUAUAGUUUGUUAAUUCUAUAUAUCAAAGCAUAGUUACAAACAUUAAGUGGCUUUGGGUAAAAACAGUCUUUUUAUUCAUUGUCAAGUUGUUGUUUUUUUUUUCUUUUUGUUUUUACAUUAGUUCUUGUUAAAUUGUUUUCGUUUUGUUUAAGUUUGAACAUUACGUAUGUAUAUAUUCUUUAGUUUUGUGUUGUCAUUCUAUGAAUGACCAAAUUUAAGUGUAAUCUUUCUUCAGAGCAUACACUUCAAAUAAAUGUUUUUCAAAGAAAGUAUUCGUUUAUAUUUAUAUACGUGUAUUAGAUGGAUACGGGUUUCGGAUAAUGUUAAUUCACUAAAGACCGUAAUAAAGUAUGUUUUGAAAUUUC